AUGAGUGGUGCUUCGAAGGUUUCAGAAGAUUUCAGUAGCCUUGGAGUAUCCAAGUGGCUGGUCGAGGCACUACGGUCUAUGAAAAUAGCCCAACCUACAGCCAUUCAGAAGGCAUGCAUACCCAGGAUUUUGGAAGGCAGAGAUUGCAUUGGAGGAGCUAAAACUGGUUCAGGUAAAACAAUAGCUUUUGCUGCACCCAUGUUGACCAAGUGGUCCGAGGAUCCCAGCGGCAUGUUUGGGGUGGUGCUAACACCAACCAGAGAACUUGCGAUGCAAAUUGCAGAACAGUUUACUGCUCUUGGAAGCUCCAUGAAUAUUAGAGUAGCGCUUGUGGUGGGCGGUGAGAGUAUCGUUGAGCAGGCGCUGGAGCUUCAACGGAGGCCUCAUUUCAUAGUGGCCACACCGGGUCGUUUGGCGCACCAUAUCACGAACAGCGGCGACGAUACAGUUGGUAGCUUGAAAAGAGUAAAAUAUCUGGUGCUUGAUGAAGCAGAUAUUUUACUUACCGAAACUUUCACGGAAGCAUUGGCUACCUGUGUCAGUAUAUUGCCCCCAAAAGAACGUCGUCAAAACCUGCUGUUCACUGCCACUGUGACGGACCAAGUCAAGUCAUUGCAAAAUGCUCCUACCAUUCAAGGCAAGCCCAAGUUAUUUUCGUAUGAGGUAGAAAGUAUGGAUAAAGUAGCAAUACCUGCAACUUUGAAGACCACCUACCUGCUAGUUCCUGAACAGGUGAAAGAGGCUUACCUUUAUCAGAUUCUCACGAGUGCUAUGUAUAGCGAGUCUAGUGCUAUCAUUUUUGUGAACAGAACUAUUACUGCCGAGAUUUUGCGAAGGACUUUGAAGCAACUGGACGUCCGUGUGGCCUCGCUGCACUCCCAAAUGCCCCAACAAGAGAGAACGAACUCACUGCACAGAUUUAGAGCAAAUGCUGCGCGGGUGCUGAUAGCUACUGAUGUUGCCUCGAGAGGUUUGGAUAUUCCAACUGUUCAACUUGUAGUCAACUACGAUAUAUCGGCCAACCCUGAUACUUUUAUUCACAGAGCCGGUCGUACUGCUCGUGCAGGCCGGUCUGGUGAAUCAAUAUGUUUUGUUACCCAGAGGGAUGUUUCCAGGAUAGAAGCCAUAGAAGUCAGAAUUAAUAAGAAAAUGGACGAAUUCAUAAACGUUCAUGAUACGGCUGUUAUCAGAAAGGCCUUAAAUAAGGUCACGGCAGCUAAGCGUGAGAGUCUGAUGGCUAUGGAGAAGGAAAAUUUUGGGGAGCGUCGCAAAGUCAACAAUAAGAAAAACGGCAAGGAAAAGACUUAUAGACGAAAUUAG